GACAUAUUUAACUUACAAAGCUUGACGCCGAGUAUGAGCGAAAUUCGUCAAGGUCAGUCAAGACGACUUGCAAACCCAGGCCCGUUAGGCUUUGGUGCUUUUGCAACCACCCUGAUGACGAUUUCUCUCGCUCAGAUGGGCUUUCGUAACGUCCUAAACCAGACAGUCUUUGUUGCAAAUCUCUGUUUCCUAGCCGGUGUUGGACUACUCAUCUCUGCGCAGUGGGAGAUGGUCAGAGGUGACACGCUUGCAUAUACCGUACUCACCGCUUUUGCAUUUUACUAUGGCGGCUAUGGUGCUCUGUUGAUGCCUUGGAUGGGCGUUGUGGACUCGUAUGGCGGUAAGACAAUUGAGUACUAUAAUGCAUUCGGCUUAUAUCUCUGUGUGUGGUCCAUUCUGAACCUCUUUUUCUUCGUCGCUUCACUAUCCACGAGUAUCGCCAACAUGUUUGUUUACGGCGGAUUGGAGAUUUCCUACAUGCUGAAUUGUGCAGCCAACUUUUCAUUUGCUGACGGUUAUUCCGCGCAUGGCCAGGCAUUAACAAAGGCAGCUGGCGCUUUUGGCUUCAUCGCGUCUCUAGCCAAUUUCUACAUAUUAGCGCAUGAAUUUUGUCAAGAUUCCCUGCGGAUGAAAGUUCCACUAGGCGAGACACGACGAUGGGUGGAACAAGAUGUCUUGUAAUUCAGCGCAGCGUUGGCUGGUGGGAUGGAGAAAGGAAGAUCGCGCUGG